GCAGCGGGCCACCAGGCGGAGCAGCAGGCACCGGGCCCCCGGGCGGGGCAGCAGGCACCGGGCCCCCGGGGCGGAGCAGCAGGCAGCGGGCCCCCGGGCGGAGCAGCAGGCAGCGGGCCCCCAGGCGGGGCGACAGGCACCGGGCCCCCAGGCGGGGCGACAGGCAUCGGGCCCCCAGGCGGGGCGACAGGCAUCGGGCCCCCAGGAGGGGCGACAGGUCUCGGGCCCUCAGGCGGAGCGACAGGUCUCGGGCCCUCAGGCGGAGCGGCGGGCGCCGGACCCCCAGGCGGAGCGACAGGUCUCGGGCCCUCAGGCGGAGCGGCGGCGCCGGACCCCCAGGUGGAGCGACAGGUCUCGGGCCCUCAGGCGGAGCGGCGGGCGCCGGACCCCCAGGUGGAGCGACAGGUCUCGGGCCCCCAGACGAAGCGGCGGGCACCGAGUCACCAGGCACGACAGUGGGCACCGAGUCGUCUGGCAAGACUGCGGGCACCG